AUGUCAAACAGCCGCUUCGAAAUCCGCAAACUCGAACCCGAGCAUGUAGACUGGGCACGCGCAAUCCUCUCGCUCAGCAACAUCUUCCACUCCCCAGCCUGGUCCAAGAUAUACCACGAGAACAAAACGGAGCGCUUGUACUAUGCCUACAAUGCCAGCGAAUACCUAGUCCGCCACCAGAUUGAAUCCGGCUGGUCAUACGGAGUGUUCGACAGGGAAUAUGAAUUCAAACAGCCUUCGUCAUCUAUAAGCAGCCAUGGUGGCGCUCUAUACUGGGACCGAAACGACAAAACAGCCACAAGCGCCGACCUGCUAGCCCAAAUGGAUUUCCCGCUGGUCUCCAUCGCGCUGGCACUGGAUGCCGCUGAGCCCCUGGACCCAGCCCGCGUCGCGUCCCUUGCAGAAACCCUGCCCUUCUAUGCACGGCUAAUGCAGCGUGUCGACGAGCUCGAUGACGGCAGCAAGCGUGAGAGGAGACCGGUUACAGGGCCCAGGCAAGUGAUGCUGCGCAACGGCACGUCCACACGGCCCGAUUAUGAAGGGUUGGGCCUUAUGAAGAAAGCGGCGCAUUUGUUGAUGCGGGAUGCUGCCGAGGCCGGGUUUAGGGCUAUUAGUAUUGAGACGCUGAGUGAUGCUGUGCAGCAUGUUUGGAUGAAUCCUCCUGAGCCGUAUCGCGCGGUUCUGGUCGUGCAGGUCAGGAUUAGUGAGUGUGAGGAGAAGGAGGCGGUGGAUGUGGAUGGGGAGAAGAAAUCGGUUGUGCUGCAUCCGGAUGUACCUCAGAUUGCGACGAGGAUUCAGGUUGAUUUGAAGUAG